AUGAAGUUAAUAUUUCUUGCAAUGUUCCUACUGAUCAUUUCAGGUGCUCAAGCCAUAUCAAAUGAAGAUGAAGAUUUCAAUGUGAAUUUCACUUCAGAAAACCGAAGCAUUAUCCAAACCAGUGAACAAGUGCAGAAUCUUCUUGGAAACUUGUACGGAAAUGGUAACAUAGAUGUCUCUACAAGGCUUGUAGAAAGUAAUAAUGAAUACAAACAUGAACUAUCUGUUACUAAAAGAAAGGGAGGAAGGGGAGGAGGAGGAAGGGCGGGAAGAGGAAGGGGAAGGGGAGGAGGAGGAAGGGCGGGAGGAAGAAGGGGAGGGGGAGGAGGAAGGGCAGGAGGAGGAAGCGGCAGAGGAAGGGCGGUGGGUGGAGGAGCGGCUGCUGGAGUUCUCGGAGCUGGAAUUAUAGGUGGUUCAAACGGCUAUCACGGGACUCAUCACUCCAACAAUUCUGCUACAUCAUUAUCUGCAGGGCCUCAAGUUUGUGUCUCAAUAUUUAUAUUAUGUUUGAGUUUUUGGCGUUAA